AAACGUUUAGUUAGUUUGAGUCUUCAACUGUUGCACUGCGGAUCGGAAAACGGGAAAAUAAACGAGAAGCAUACAGUAGCGGCGGUCAAGCGGAAGAAUAACAACAAAUCAAGAGUGUUUGAUAUAAAACCCCAGAUAUACACACAAACGCGCGAACGCUUGCAUAUAUGAUAAUCAUGGACUAGUGUGGCCUCUUAAGUGUAAUUGAUUUAAAUUAUUUAAUUAAAACAACAACAGCGACGUCAUCACUUAUGCCACUCUUACAUGUUAGUUAGAAUUACAUACACACACACACGCGCAAGCAGAUUUAGUGCAGUUUCAAUACAAGAAUAGAAAGAAAAUCGAUCGGAAACGACAAAAUCUGCGGUUUUUGCGAAAUUGAAGCAGUUUGAUUUGUGAAAUAUUCCCACAUCUGUUUUGGUUACUAACCCAUGAGACUGUAAGGCAAAAUGUCUAAUAAACAUCACUCAAUUGAGAUACCACCUUGUGUUAUGGAUCCCCAGACACAAUUGGCCGAUGCCUUGGCCGCCAAAAACAUCAAAGACUUUCGCGUGGCGCUUGAUUUGGGAGCCGAUCCCCUGCGCUUGGACAGCAAUCAUUUGAGCAUUUUUGAUAAGGCUUUGCGCACACCAGGCUGUGUGGAAUUUGUGGAGGAGUGUCUGCAAAGAGGCUGCAGUCCAAAUACGCUUAACCGCCAUUUGUUGAAAUAUUCCAUAAGUCAUGCCACCGACUCCAGAGAUCCUGCCAUUAUCAAGGCCCUGCUGCGCCAUCCCAAUGUCUUUGUGGACAAGAAAUUUAACGAACUGACACCGCUCAACUCCUUGGCCAAAAAUCUCAACAAUGAGAAUGCCAAUGAUGUCAUAGCCUGCAUGGAUAGCCUGCUUAGAUAUGGAGCUUCACCCAAUAUACCCAAUCAGUCGGAUAUGACGCCUCUGCAUCAUGUGAUGAGAAAUCGCAAAUUGGAUGAUCUGAAAAAACGUCAAGUGGUUGAGAUGUUUUUGGCUUAUCCCGAAUUGGAUAUCGAUACCUAUCGUGAGGGUGAAUUGAGAGAAAAGUUAAUGGAAGCCUAUCCAGAUAUGAGUCUACCUGAAGUGCGUAAUGCUAGUGAGGUGACUUUCGACAAAUUACUUUCGUACAUACGCUGUGGCGACAAGGAUAAGUUCUGCGAACAAUUCCCCCAAUUGAAUAAAUCGGACAAGGACAACUUGAGAAACACCUACAAAGAGGAAAAUCUGCCUUUACUUCUGGAGGCCAUUAAGAAGGGGGCCAACGAGGCCUUUGACUUGUUGAUGGACAAUGAGGUGAACUACAAUGCAGUGCUGAGCGGCAACACCGCCUUGGAGGUGGCCACCACCUACGGCAAUAGCUAUGCCCUGGGUAAGCUCUUGGCAGUGCCUGAUUUGAAGUUGCGUGCCCAUGAUCAUCCUUUGAUCACUGUGAUAAGGAAAAUGAAUGAGCAACCAGCCCAGGAGUAUUGUGACUAUCGCAAGUGUUUCUAUAUACUGUUGGAGUCCGAUCGCAUUGACAUCAAUGAGACGGACAAGACGCGUUCCACGCCCUUGCAUUAUGCAGUGAAAUAUCGCAACACAGAGGCCAUACAAGAGCUACUCAAGAGAGGCGCUUAUAUAGGAGUGAAGAGUGCCUUCCAUGAACUGCCCAUAGAUGGCAUGGGUGCUGAGUUAUUAGAGGACCAUUUCGAUCAUUGCAUCAGCUCAAAUGGUGCCCGUGUGGGAGAUGAAAGUUUCGAGAUCUUAGUGAACUUCAUGAAUCUUAUGCCUGAACCGAAUAGUCAUUCGAAGCCAAAACUUAAGCACGUUUUACGCGAAGAAAUGGCUCCCAUAGCCUUCAUAGCCAAGUCCAAGGAACAUCGCUAUCUCUUGCAGCAUCCUCUCAUCACCAGCUUUCUGUUUCUCAAGUGGCAUCGUCUGUCCACGAUUUUCUACAUAAAUUUCCUGCUUUACUUUUUCUUUGCCGUCUCCAUUAUAAUCCACACUGUGCUAAAAUUGAGCCGGGUAAAUGCCGACACAGAUCUUUGCACGAAUAUCUUUGGCCUAAUCGCCUGGCUGGGCAUAGUCUAUAUGAUAAUAAGAGAAAGCAUACAAUUUGUCAUGUCGCCGGUGCAUUACUUCCGUUCUCCCACAAACUACAUGGAGUUGGCUUUGAUUGUUUUGGCCAUUAUGACGCGCAGUGAGCAGACCUACGAUCGUCAAACGCAAAGGAUCAUAGCGGUCUUCACCAUGCUGCUCAUAGCCGUGGAGCUGUGUCUGCUGGUGGGCUCCCUGCCAGUGCUCUCCAUAUCCACGCAUAUGCUGAUGUUGGAAGCGGUUUGCAAAAGUUUCCUCAAGAGUUUUACCCUGUAUUCGAUUUUUGUAGUAACCUUCACCUUGUGCUUUUACAUACUCUUCGGGAAGCCGCAAGUGGAUGAAAAUGGCAAUGCAGUAAGCCCUGAGGAUGAUGAUUUCAAUAAAUUCUCCAACCCAUUGGCUGCCUUAAUUAAGACCAUUGUCAUGUUGACGGGUGAAUUUGAUGCUGGCGAUCUGCAAUUCGAUACCGCCUACAGUUAUUUGCUCUUCCUGCUCUUUGUCUUCCUGAUGACGAUUGUGCUGUUUAAUUUGUUGAAUGGCUUGGCCGUUAGUGAUACACAGGCCAUUAAAGGACAAGCUGAAUUGAAUGGUGCCAUUUGCCGCACACAACUGCUCUCCCGCUACGAGGAAGUACUCACAGGUCGUUCAGAACGUUCCAGUUUUAUUGUCAAUCACGAACCAUUCCGUUCGGUUUGCCGUCGUCUAAUGAAUCUGUAUCCCAACUAUCGUCAUAUAGCCAUACUGCCAAAUGAUAGUAACAAAGUAUUGAUACCCAUAGGGGAAAAUUAUGAAAUGAAAGAAUUGGGUGGUACCAUCAAGAAAAACUCCUUCCAUCCAUUGCCUUCGCAUGAUGUGGCCAAGGAGAAGAAACUAUUGGAUCCUCCAGUACAAUUUGGACCCUGUCUGUGUUCUUGCAUUACCAACAAAUGUUCCGAAAUGGAUCGACGAACUGUUAAAUUGGCUAUGGCCGUUUUGGAGCAAAAGACCGUGAAAAUGGAGAAAAACAAACGUCAGCAAGAUACGGAAAAUCGCCUGAGGAAUAUUGAAAGUAAAAUGGACAAUAUACUUGCCUUAUUGAGGGAUUUAAAAGCAGAUAGAAAUUAAAGUGACGCAAUGUAGACUUUAUAGAAUUAAAUUAAAUAAAAAUAUAAUAAAAAAUAUCUCUUCAAAACAGUGUUAAAACAUUAUAUUAAAAAAAAUUUAAAUGUAUGUUUUCCAUAAAAACAAAAGUAACGAAAAAUGUAAACUAACACCCUCAAGGCCUUAUUAGUUAUAGAAUGUCAAAUAAACAAUUUUAAACAACUUAUUGUUUUAUUUCCACAUGAAAUUCAAAACUAUGUGUUUUAUAAUCAUUAUGAUAUUGCAAUUUAUUUCAUUGGUAUUAAAUUUAAAGUAAAUACUGUUAAAUUGUCCAUAAAUAAGAAGAUUUUAUCCAUUAUC